GAAAUAUUUUAGAUGUGAUUAUAUAUAAGUUCAAUGUAUCAGAGUACUUAAAAGAUGUUCAAUCAAAAUAUGGAGGUUUCUGUGAUAUUCACUUUGGUUCUAAACGAUUUCUAUUAGUUUCAAAUAGUGAUGUGGCAUAUCCAAUUAAUACCUCUUCAGUGGCACAUAGUUAUAAAUUCUUAUAUCGUGAUGUACCAGAUCCUGCAAUGAAAGAUUUGGGUAUGGAAGGUAGUGGAAUAAUUGCCAAUAGAAAUUUGGGUGAAUGGAAAAUCAAUCGCGAGUUUUUCAUAAGAAUAGCCAUGUCGAAAAAAUUUUUGAAAAUGCUUACAGAAAAAUCAUAUGAAAAGGCUACAAAUAUGUUUAAAUUAUGGAAUAUUUUGAUAAAUGACAAGCGGGAAAUUGAUAUGUCUAAAUGGCUAGAAAAGUUUACUGGAGAUAUAGCGGUUUCAACAUCAACUGGACUAUCUGCUUACUCAAUGCUUUCUUAUUUUAAUUUGUUGGGAUAUGAACAAAAUUUUGAUUAUAUCCCAUCUUCAGAAUGGAAACAAUCAUCGGAAAUAAUUUCUCUUAUUAAUUCUUUCUUUGAAACAGUGCUAUGGUUCAAUUACAUCCCAAGUUUUAUAAGACAUGUCCCUGUCAUAAGUUACUUUAACAAAAAGUAUGAAAACGGAAUAAAAAACCUGGAGUUCCUUUUACUUGAAUUAAUUCAAAGAAGACAACAUACUUUAUAUAAGUCAUUAAACCGAUCGUUGAAUGAUCAUGAAAUAUUCGGAGUUAUUAGAGACAUUUUCUUGGGUUCCAUCGAAACGGUUGCAUCAUCAAUGUGUUCAGUAUUUUAUUAUAUAUGCAAACAUCCUUCUGUAAAAUCUAAAGCACUUUCUGAAAUCAACGAGAUAUUCGGACAUUCAAUAAAAUUAGAUACCCUUUACGAGGAUUUAAAUAAACUAUUAUAUUGUGAUGCCUUAAUUAAAGAAGCAAUUCGCUUAACCCCGGCAUUUCCGGCUCUGACACGAUCGAAUUCUGAACCUGUAGAAGUUGGCGGAUAUCUAUGGAAAGAGUCACAAGCAUUUCUAUUAUAUUACCAGGGAAUAAAUAUUAAUAAAUACGAUUGGAUUGAUGGUGAAACUUUUGAUCCUGAAAGGUUUUUGAAGCAUGAAGGUAGUAGGCGAUCAAUGAAUGCUAAAGAAGCUAAUAAUAAAAAGGCAUUUGCAACAUUUGGUGGUGGUGCUAGGGCUUGUCCGGGAAAGCUCUGGGGGAUGAUUGAACUAAAAGUACUAUUAGUUACAAUCUUAAUGAGAUAUGACAUGGAAUUUGUGAAUAAAGAUCAAGGAUUGGACUUAUAUUAUGAUUCAUCCUCUCAUUGGCGAGAACUUAGAAUGCGGUUAAUACCUAGAACGCCGGAAGCAUAA